GGCGCUUUGUCCAAAGUUCAAGAAACCAUCGUAUUCCGUUUCCAAACUGCUGCGAUUUCAACGCUCAACAAACACUGCCAUCGACCAUUUGACUUGACUUUUGCACACCCAUCAUCUUCGGAGAAAACCGUGCAUCGCCGUGUCCGUCUUAUCUGGUGAAUACGCCAUUGGCCGCCAAAUUGCAAGCGGCGCAGUCGAAUUCCCAAAAGUGGGACCGGCAACCUGGCAGAUUACAUGCACGACCAGUUGGUUUGGCAAGAGCUUUUGAAUGCACUGAAAGAAUACGACGAUAAAGUCUGUCCUGGAUCCAUCUCGCUCAUAGAGAGGCACGAUGCGGCAUCGAGCGCUCAGAGACCACGUCUUCAAUUGUGCAUUCUGGAAGGUGUCUGGCUUGUCAUCAGCUUGUCAGAUUGCGGUUUCACGAUCGUUUCGGCACAUUUGGCCAAUGAAGCCAAUGAGACGGCCAGAACGACUUUAUCAAAGGUUUUAGAAUUUGCUAAUGCGGGGUUUGAAAGUAUGGAUGCCCUCUUGAGUACCGUGAGUCCCUUGUAUCGGGGGAGGUUUCACCAAAGCCUCUUCGACAGGUUGACUGCAUUGCAGACUGAGGAGGGCGAGAGUCAAAGUGACCAGCGUCACUGAACAAAUAUUACAUAAAGGAUAGUCUAUCUACAAAGGGCUUACAGCCCAUCAUCUUACACGAUCCAAACAUCAAUCGGCCAGCCCGUAGGUCUGCCCCGCGGCUACGGUCUCAAGCGCCAUCGAUAGCGCUGGGAUAAAGUACUUUCUCUGCGUUCUAAACUUGGUGUCCGCCCCACCGUCGUGCACCAUUCCGCCACUUGCCGCUUCAGCACUCUUCAGCCCCGCGCGAAUGUAUUUUAGAUCACCAUCUGGGAAAAAGUCCCUUAAUUCCCUCUCGAUAACAGCCUCAGAGUUCUCAAUAUUGAAUUCUUGCCAUUGCGGAACGAGUUGGGAUGGGACGAGGGUUGAACCAAGUGGAAUGGACGUGGGCGGCCGGGCGGCAGAAAAUGUCCUCGGGGAAUUACGUUUGAGUGGUGUGGUCUCUCGUUGAAGGAAAGGAUCGAAUGGGACAAUCUCCACGCGUUCCAUCGGCAUUGACCGAUUGUACUUUUGUAUAUGCAUUGAGAUCCCUGUGUGGUGCGGGCCGUGAGUAUGCCCGUCGGCGAUGGGUGGGAAUUUACCUGGAUUGGUAAAAGGUACCGGUGUUAGUAAUUGCAAUAUAUAAAGUUGUCAAUGCCGA